GCCUGUUCCAGCUGACAGAAACUCCUCUGACUUUCUACUUGAGCUGUGCAGCUGCUGUUAUUUGUGAGAAAGUAAAAUCCACUUAUCACUGCUGCUUUGUAUUUUUUAUUUUUUUUUAACAGUUGGGGGGCUUUGGAAGUGCUUUGGUUUUUAAAAAGUCAACCAUGAUCAGCCGCAACUUCAAGAAUGUGUUGGUGGUCUCCAUUGGGUUUCUGUCCCUGUUCACGGCUUAUGGAGGCCUGCAGAGUCUGCAGAGCAGUCUCAAUGCCGAACAGGGGAUGGGUGUGGCGUCUCUGAGUGUCAUCUACGCCUCCAUCAUCAUCUCCUCCAUGUUCCUCCCUCCCAUCAUGAUCAAAAAUCUGGGCUGUAAAUGGACGAUUGUUGCUGGCAUGGCCUGUUAUGUGGCAUACUCCUUUGGAAACCUCUACCCUGGAUGGUACACCCUCAUCCCUACAUCAGUGAUCCUGGGUUUGGGAGGAUCUCCUCUGUGGUCGGCUAAAUGUACCUACCUGACCAUCUCUGGGAAUGUGCAGGCUGCUAAAGAGGGGAAAAAGGGUUCUGAUAUAAUCAACCAUUACUUCGGCAUCUUCUUUUUCAUCUUUCAGUCGUCUGCCGUGUGGGGGAACCUCAUGUCAUCGCUCAUCUUUGGACAGGACACCGACAUCAGUGACAUCCCAGAGGAGGUGCUGCAAACCUGCGGAGCAGCAGACUGCGGCCUUAGCGUGAACGCUACUGGUACCUCCAACAAGCCUGCACAGAGACUAGUGUGGAUACUGGUCGGAUGCUACAUCGGUGUGGGUGUGCUGGCCAUGCUCAUCGUGGGAAUAUUUCUGGACAAUAUCGAUCAGGAGCAGACGAGCCAGUUUCGUGAGAACAAGGAGCCGUUCUGCCACACAUUCCUGGCCACGUUCAGGCUCCUGAAGGACUGGAGGCUUCUGGUGCUCAUCCCACUCACCAUGUACAGUGGAUUUGAACAAAGUUUCCUGUCUGGAGAGUACACGAAGAACUAUGUGACUUGUGCUUUGGGGAUCCACUUUGUUGGUUUUGUGAUGAUGUGUUUUGGAGCGUCCAAUUCCCUUUCUUCUUUUCUGUUUGGGAGAAUUGCUCGGUACACUGGGAGAGCUCCACUCUUCCUCCUCGCCGCCUUGACCAACCUCUCAUGCAUAAUAGCUCUUUUGUACUGGAGGCCUCAUCCCGACGAGUUGCCCGUCUUCUUUGUGUUUCCUGCUCUGUGGGGUAUGGCUGAUGCUAUCUGGCAAACUCAAACUAAUGCUCUUUAUGGUGUCCUCUUCCCAAAGGACAAAGAAGCAGCCUUUGCCAACUACCGGAUGUGGGAGUCACUUGGCUUUGUCAUCGCCUUUGCCUACAGCACAUUUAUUUGCCUCGAGUACAAACUUUACAUCCUUGUGUCAGUUCUUGUGCUGACGAUGAUAACUUACCCAAUUGUGGAGUAUAAUGAGCACAAAAAUCCCACAAAGCCCAUAGAAGAAGCACAAUACAAAAGUCACAAAGAAGCCAUCGAAACAAAUGGAGACAAUUUCAUGACCCAAACACGACUGUAGAUAAGUGCCUUUUGGUUUGUUUCUAAAGCCUUUUCUGUCUCAGCUACGUUAUGUCCAAGUUGUCAGGCAACAGAUACUGAAUGUUCAGAACAACCUUGAAAAAGUCCUCCAGUUGGAAACAAGUUGGCGAAAAGGGUCAUUCUGGAGACCUCACCGGAACUAUCCAAAUUAAAACCUCUGAUUUAUUCUGCUUUAUUUGGUCAAAGCUGGCCUUUGCAGAGCUAAUCUUCACAUGUUGUACUAGGAUCUGAUGGUUUCAAGCAACAGCUGUGUCCAAUUUAUCCUGAAAGUGUGUUUUUAUUCAAGCCUGAAACUUUAUCACUUGUGCUCUGUGCCGUCAUGAUUUAUCCUUCACCACAGUAACACAUAUCUUAACAAAUCUCCUUUUACUAUGACUCCAAAAGUCUUCAGAUAGACCUUGUGGCGGCAGAGAAAUAAAUGUUAAAGGAAUGGUUUUAAAGCAUCAUCGGACACUUGUUUUCACUUUAAAUGCUGUAACAUAAGCUGAUGUAUGAUAUGCUUCUACAAAAAGAAAACACCAGAAGAUACUGAGACUGGCUCUGCAGCUUCUGAGUGAAGCUUUUUCUCUCUCUCUCUUCUUUCCUGCAGGAGCUUUGUUAGUGGAAUAGAUCCUGUACAGGCAAAACUGGGACUUAAGUAAAUAAACUAAAUAAAUGUACUUUUUUUUUUAUUGUGAAUAUUCUUGGACAACCUUCAGGAGACAUUCUUUUAAAUUCUAUGAAGCUUUAUUUUUAUUGUAAAUCCUGCAGAAACGUUCCUGUAGCAAACAAAACUCCCCGUUUUAUUGCCUCCUUUUUUUCAUUAAAAAUGUUGUUUGACUUACUCAAACUAUAACCUUUUAUUUGUUACUCUGCUGUAAAGUUCAAAUAUAUUUGCAUCAUGUUUAUCAUCAGAUUAAAUUUACAGAAUAAAAUUUUUCAUUGACGUGUGAACGCACUAAUAUCAACCUCCCUUACGUUACUGCCAGUGGUCAUCUGCGCAUGCUCCAUGUCUUCUUCUCAGUGUGGUGCAUAUCUGUAGAAGUGUUGCAGCGCCACUUACAGGCCUGUUAUUGGUACUACAGCGUUUUAACUGGAAUUA